AUGGUUCCAAUUUGUAACGUGCCAGCCUAUGAAUCCGUCCUCCGCAGCAGUCCUAUUGAUGGACUGAAUCUGGCACGUGUUUUCCCCGGCGAUCCCAACGGUACUAUCACGCAACGGAUUGCUUACUGGAUCACUCAGAAGUUGAUUAAACCUGCCGACUUCGUUAUUGACCUGCACAGCGGAGGUGUGACCGCCGAAAUCCCAUCACUCAUUGGCUUCACCCACAGCGACGAUGAACUUGGCAGACGCUCACGAGCUGGUGCGCUGGCAUUCGGUGCAUCGGUGGUCUGGGAGCAUCCACCGCCAAUGCCUUCCGGUCGGACCUUAUCAGCAGCCACGGAUCUCGGUGUGCCGGCGAUCUAUACCGAGGCUGGUGGUGGCGGCUACGCCCACCCGUCUGAUGUGAAUUGCUUUACCACCGGUGUGAUCAAUGUGAUGAAGCAUCUUGAUAUGCUGGACGGUCAGUCUCAGAUUCAACCCGUAACACAUCACCUGUCCGGGGAUGGAAAUAUGGACAGUGUCAUUUCGACACCCGCCGCUGGCUACUUCCGAUCCGACGUAGCGCUGCUAGACGAAGUUAGCCCCGGUCAACGGUUGGGCACCGUUCGCGAUCCCUUCGGUGAGGUUGUAGCGGAAAUCAUGGCUGAGAGUGCCGGCGUAGUUAUUAUGCUGCGGCGCAUUCAUCGCGUCCAUGUCGGUGAUAACUUAGCUCAUGUGACGGGACGUUUAAGCAAUUGA